AUGAAUUCCAGGCCUUCGAGUCAGAGUCCUUCGAGGGGACGUAACCCGGCUGCAGGAUUCCUCCGAGUCGACCGUAAUUAUAAUCCCCGAACCGUCAGCCCAUUCACGGGUUCUCCACUCACUCCGACAUCCAUGUUCAAUCCUAGCGCGGGUGAUUUUCUUGGUGAGACAUGGCAAACUCGCAAGACUGGGGAGUCGGUCGCAAUGUCAAUACACUAUAUGAGAACAAGUUCGCAGUCUUCUCUUCAAACCACCGAGAAUGCUGCGUCGCAGUAUGUGAACCAGACUGCACGAACGAGCAGUCGCGAAACAAGGCCUGAACCCGGAAACCUGCGUGAUGCCGCCGACACGACCAUUGCAUCCACAAUGUCCACUAGGGGACGGUCCCAUCGAAGCCCGACUCAAAAGACCAUGCUGUCGAAGGCAUUAGGGAAGGCUAAUACAGCAGUCCUGCUGGACAACGCCCAAAAUGUUGAAGGCGCCAUAGAGGCCUAUGCGGAGGCGUGUGACCUUUUGCAGCAAGUUCUAGUCCGGAGUUCCGACCUGGAUGAUAGGAAGAAAUUGUCCUCCAUUAGAAGUACGUAUUCGAACCGAAUAGCAGAGCUUCACGACCUCGACGACACUUUCUCCAGUCUGAUGGAGAAGGCCCUACCUGAAGAUCCUCCUUUUGACGAGACAAACCACUCCUUCUUUACCAGUGAUGACAUUGAGCCGGACACAGCGGGUGUACUGGAAGCAGUCCACAUUCCCCCACGACAGGAAUCGCUGUUACCUGAAUUCUUCGGCGGAGAGUCCUAUCUUCACGAAUCAAUCAAUCGCACAAGGAUACACAUACCCAGUCUGGCUGUUCCUAUGGACACCCAGUACAUGCCGCCACCCCUAACCCCUAGAAGAGCCGCCUCUCCAGCCUCUGAAAGAGAUGGUAGCAUACCACCAGUGGCCGCGAGAGUUAAAGACCACGACAAUGGUCCACACGAUGCACGCGAAGACAGUACUGAAUCAACUUCUUGGUUGGAUACUCUUGAGGACGGUGAGUCUUCACCGAGAUCGUCUCGGUUGUCAUCAAUCGACUUUGGCAUUCGCCAAACGCACAGUCUUGUUGACGAGAUCGAAGCAGAAUUUGAUGCUGCGCUCAAUGCUGCUGUUGACGCAGCUUAUGACGACAGCCUCAUUGAAGAACCCACGCCUAGGCCUGACCGAAACGGACAGGAUUUCGGCGAGGAAUUUGAUGGUUCAUUGGCAACGUUCCAGCCCGGAUUCCAGACACAGCCGUCUCUACCCUCCGACGUCGAACUCACUCGAGAGUACGAUGAGGGAGAUUCUUCUGAGGAGGAAGAGCGAUUGCUUGAGGAAAUGACAAAAGGAUACAUGUUUGACGAAUCUUCAUUCGAAAACAGAUCCAAGUCCGCCCUCCCUCGGCAAUCGGAUUCGAGUACAUUUUCCGGUCAGACAUGGGCAAGUUCCAUUCCAUCAGUGACUGCAAUGAAUGCGACAAACUUGAGUACAUUAGCAGAAUCUCAUGAGCCCCCGGUUGAAGAGUCUCCCCGGCCAACACCGCCCGCGAAAGACUCAGGACUGGCAGCGCCACCGCGGACAGCGCUGCCUCCGACGCCUCCGUUGCCUCUAUCAACACAAGCAGCUACCGGGCCCUUGAAUAUCGAAAAGUACGGCGGUCUAGGUCUUCGGGAGAGAAGGUUUUCGGGACAGAGUGGCAAACAACUGAAGAUUGAAACCUUCGCAAGACGGAACUCUACUAGCUUCCCAGGCAAAUCUGCAGGAUCCACGCGAACCGUGCCAGAACUAGAGAUUUCAAAGGAUAACGGACCGAGAGUGCCUCAGACAGCGCCUCUAGAAGGUCCGAGUUCGUCAAUGGUCACCAACAUGCAGCAUGUCACAUCCUUCGGUUCAAUGGCCUCAACCGAGUCAAUGCAGAGUGAGUCUCCUGCGACUCCUGCUUUGACUCAAGGCGGCUCCCAAGGUAGUAUCGAGGAUUCGCUGGCCAUGCCGCCGUCACCAGCGAAAGGGGCAAGGAUGAUGCCACCACAGGCAGAUGUCAGGAAGAAUCUAUCUUCCUCAAGCCUUAGGGCGAAGAACCUAUCGGUUGCGACAACCGAAGUUAAUAGCGAGUCUCCUAUUACACCAGUCAGUGCUGGAUUCGUCGGUGAAACGAAGAAGAUGGUGCCGCCACUACCUUCAGCGGCACUGCCAACGCCUUCAACGGCAGCUUUUGGUCCCCACCUUCUUCAGACAGGAGGCAUGUACCUUUUUGACGAUCACAUAGGGGGAUCCGCCUCUCCAGAAACUCCUCGAACACCAAGUGCCUCGACUCUAGCACCUCCUCCUCAGCCUCUUGAAGCUUGCCCAGAAUCAUUCUUACUCCGACCUUUCUGGUUGAUGCGAUGUCUGUACCAAGCAUUGACUCAUCCAAGAGGUGCAUACAUUACGUCGAAGCUGUUCAUUCCCCGCGACAUAUGGCGGGUGAGAAACGUCAAGCUCAAGGCCAUUGACGAUAAGGUGUCACAGUGUGAUCUCUUGACCGCCGCUCUGUUGAAACUGGCCAAAGUCGACACACUUGAUGCGGAUGCAGUGCUCGAAGAACUGCAGUCAUUCGAGGCCUUCCUGGAUCAGGUCCGAUCUACCUUGCAGAAGAAGCUGGGCAACGACGUGGGGUUUUCGGGAUCAUCCAGCAUCUUCAAAUCCAUCGGGGAGGAUCAAGAUGCGAGUUCGACCAAGAUAAACAGCACAGCUGCCAAAUCUUUUGCUUCAGGUUGGCGGAAGCUUCGCUCGAAAUCCAGUGCUCCUGCGAUUGGCAAUCAUAGCAUGCAGAAGGAUGGCAGCACAUCUGGUCUGACCAUACCCUCAUUACCCAUGACGUCCUCUUCCUCGGUCCAUUCAUCGCGAUCACAUCUGAACCGCAAAAAUACACCACCACCGACUCCAACACAAUUGGCCAAUAUCCCCCCGAUAUAUGCCGCUUAUAUGUCAAGCUUAGCUCGUCUAUUCGACGCUGCUCAAGUCUUGGACGGUAUCGCCCGACAGGUGGAAGAUCCAGGUUUGAAAUGUAGCAGUAAGACUCAGGUCGGCUUGGAACUGGGGGUUAAGAAUGCAGCAGAGUUCUUUGCGUUUUACGUCCUUCGGUUUGUCAUGGCAGACCUGAUGAUCCUGGUCGACAAGGUUCUGAAGAGAGGGACUGAAUGGGUUCUGAUUUAG